ACAUGUUCAGCGACUUCGACUUCGCCAGUCACGAGUACCCGCUGGAGUACAAGCCGCUGGAGUUCAGUCCGGAGAGCAUUGUGAAGAUAGUGGCGUACGCGCUGGUGUUCGUCGGCUCGCUGGUUGGCAACAUUAGCGUGAUCGUCAUCGCCGCCACCAACAUCCACAUGCGCUCGGCCAUCAACGCCUACCUGGUCAACCUGGCCGUGGCCGACAUCUGCAUCGUGCUCUUCUGCAUGUGGGUCCACCUGGUGGUCAACAUAACUCACCCCAUCUUCGUGCUCGGCGCCUUCUGGUGCAAGUUCAACGGCUUCGCGCAGGGUGAGUUCUGAGGAUCGCGGCUACUAUUGACGUCAUGUUUUUUGUCAAGGUGCUGUUUGCGAACAUUGUUUGUGAGGGUAUUGUAUGCGAACAUCGUUUGUGAAGGCAUUGUUUGCGAACAUUGUUUAUGGCGCUAGUGUUUGCGAGCAUUGUUUGCGAAGGCAUUGCUUGCGAACAUUGUUUACUGCGCAAUGCUCGGUAUUCUGUCAGAAACUUUCAA